AUGGUCCGGCUCCUGCUGGUUUUCUUCCCCGCGAUCUUUUGGGAGAUGUCCCUUCUGCCCAGGAGCCCUGGCAGGCAAAUGCUGCUGGCGGGAGCCUCGUCUCAGCGUUCGGUGGCCAGAAUGGACGGAGAUGUCAUCAUCGGGGCCCUCUUCUCAGUCCACCACCAGCCUCCAGCCGAAAAGGUGCCGGAGAGGAAGUGCGGGGAGAUCCGGGAGCAGUAUGGCAUCCAGAGGGUGGAGGCUAUGUUUCACACCUUGGAUAAGAUCAACGCGGACCCAGUCCUCCUGCCCAACAUCACGCUGGGCAGCGAGAUCCGGGACUCCUGCUGGCACUCCUCCGUGGCUCUGGAGCAGAGCAUUGAGUUCAUCAGGGACUCCCUGAUUUCCAUUCGAGACGAGAAGGAUGGACUCAACCGGUGCCUGCCGGAUGGGCAGCCCCUCCCCCCAGGCAGGACUAAGAAGCCCAUUGCGGGUGUAAUCGGCCCGGGCUCCAGCUCUGUAGCCAUCCAAGUGCAGAACCUGCUCCAGCUCUUCGACAUCCCCCAGAUCGCAUACUCGGCCACGAGUAUCGACCUGAGUGACAAAACUUUGUACAAAUACUUCCUGAGAGUUGUCCCUUCUGACACUUUGCAGGCAAGGGCUAUGCUUGACAUAGUCAAGCGCUACAAUUGGACCUAUGUCUCUGCAGUCCACACAGAAGGGAAUUAUGGGGAGAGUGGAAUGGACGCUUUCAAAGAGCUGGCUGCCCAGGAAGGCCUCUGCAUCGCCCAUUCAGACAAAAUCUACAGCAAUGCAGGGGAGAAGAGCUUCGACCGACUCCUGCGCAAGCUCCGAGAACGGCUCCCCAAGGCGAGAGUGGUGGUCUGCUUCUGCGAAGGCAUGACGGUUCGGGGCCUCCUGAGCGCCAUGCGGCGCCUGGGCGUGGUGGGCGAGUUCUCACUCAUUGGAAGUGAUGGAUGGGCAGAUAGAGAUGAAGUCAUUGAAGGUUAUGAGGUGGAAGCCAACGGGGGAAUCACGAUAAAGCUGCAGUCUCCAGAGGUCAGGUCGUUUGAUGAUUAUUUCCUGAAACUAAGGCUGGACACUAAUACGAGGAAUCCUUGGUUCCCUGAGUUCUGGCAACACCGGUUUCAGUGCCGCCUACCAGGACACCUUCUGGAAAAUUCCAACUUUAAGAAAAUCUGCACAGGCAAUGAAAGCUUAGAAGAAAACUACGUCCAGGACAGCAAGAUGGGCUUUGUCAUCAAUGCCAUCUACGCCAUGGCCCAUGGGCUGCAGAACAUGCACCAUGCCCUGUGCCCUGGCCACGUGGGCCUCUGCGAUGCCAUGAAGCCCAUCGACGGCAGCAAACUCCUGGACUUCCUCAUCAAGUCCACCUUCAUUGGCGUGUCCGGAGAAGAGGUGUGGUUUGAUGAGAAAGGGGAUGCUCCUGGAAGGUAUGACAUCAUGAAUCUGCAGUACACUGAAGCUAAUCGCUAUGACUAUGUACACGUGGGAACCUGGCAUGAGGGGGUGUUGAACAUUGAUGACUACAAAAUCCAGAUGAACAAGAGUGGCAUGGUGCGGUCUGUGUGCAGCGAGCCUUGCUUAAAGGGUCAAAUUAAGGUCAUAAGGAAAGGAGAAGUGAGCUGCUGCUGGAUCUGCACAGCCUGCAAAGAGAAUGAAUAUGUGCAAGACGAGUUCACCUGCAAAGCCUGUGAUUUGGGGUGGUGGCCCAAUGCAGAUCUCACAGGCUGUGAACCUAUCCCCGUCCGCUACCUUGAGUGGAGCAAUAUAGAAUCCAUCAUAGCCAUCGCCUUCUCCUGCCUGGGAAUCCUUGUCACCUUGUUUGUCACACUGAUCUUCGUGCUAUACCGGGACACACCAGUGGUGAAAUCUUCCAGCCGAGAGCUCUGCUACAUUAUCCUAGCUGGCAUCUUCCUGGGUUACGUGUGCCCUUUCACUCUCAUUGCCAAACCUACCACCACAUCCUGCUACCUCCAGCGCCUCCUGGUUGGCCUCUCCUCUGCCAUGUGCUACUCCGCUCUAGUGACCAAAACCAAUCGCAUCGCACGCAUUCUAGCUGGCAGCAAGAAGAAGAUCUGCACCCGGAAGCCCAGGUUCAUGAGUGCCUGGGCCCAGGUGAUCAUUGCCUCCAUUCUGAUUAGCGUGCAGCUAACCCUGGUGGUAACCCUGAUCAUCAUGGAGCCCCCCAUGCCCAUCCUGUCAUACCCAAGUAUCAAGGAAGUCUACCUUAUCUGCAAUACCAGCAACCUGGGUGUGGUAGCCCCGGUGGGCUACAAUGGACUCCUCAUCAUGAGCUGUACCUACUAUGCCUUCAAGACACGCAACGUGCCCGCCAACUUCAACGAGGCCAAAUAUAUCGCCUUCACCAUGUACACAACCUGCAUCAUCUGGCUGGCUUUUGUGCCCAUUUACUUUGGGAGCAACUACAAGAUCAUCACUACCUGCUUUGCAGUGAGCCUCAGCGUAACGGUGGCCCUGGGGUGCAUGUUCACGCCCAAGAUGUACAUCAUCAUUGCCAAGCCGGAGAGGAACGUCCGCAGUGCCUUCACCACCUCUGAUGUAGUCCGCAUGCAUGUCGGCGAUGGCAAGCUGCCCUGCCGCUCCAACACUUUCCUCAACAUUUUCCGAAGAAAGAAACCAGGGGCAGGGAAUGCCAAUUCGAAUGGCAAGUCUGUGUCAUGGUCUGAGCCGGGUGGAAGGCAGGCGCCCACGGGACAGCACAUGUGGCACCGCCUCUCUGUGCACGUGAAGACCAACGAGACAACGGCCUGCAACCAGACGGCCGUCAUCAAGCCCCUCACUAAAAGUCACCAGGGCUCCGGCAAGAGCCUCACCUUCUCGGAUGCCAGCACCAAGACCCUCUACAACGUGGAGGAGGACGCCCAGCCCGCCGGCUUCAGCCCCGCCAGCAGCCCCUCCAUGGUGGUGCACCGGCGCGUGCCCUCGGCCGCGAGCACCCCGCCGCUGCUGCCCCACCUGGCGGCGGAGGAGACGCCCCUGUUCCUGGCCGACCCCGAGGUCCCCCAGGGCCUGCCCCCUCCCCUCCCGCAGCUGCAGCCGCAGACAUCCUUCCUGGACCAGCUGCAGGGAGUGGUCCACAAUUUCAGCACCGGCAUCCCGGAUUUCAACGCGGUGCUCGCCGCCCCCGGGGGCCCGGGGAACGGGGUGCGGUGCCUGUUCCCGCCGCCCGCGCCCCCGCAGCACCUGCAGAUGCUCCCGCUGCAGCUGAGCCCGUCGGGGGACGAGCCCGCCUCCCCCGCGGCCGAGGACGAGGACGACAGCGAGAGGUUCAAGCUGCUCCAGGAGUACCUGUCGGAGCGGGAAGGGACCACGGAGGAAGACGAGCUGGAGGAGGAGGAAGAGGAGGAGGGGGAAGGGGAGGGGGAGGGCCCGCCGGCGGCCCCCCGCAAACCCGCCCUGGAGGCUUCGCCCGCCCUCACGCCCCCCUCGCCUUUCCGCGACUCGGUGGCGUCGGGCAGCUCGGCGCCCAGCUCCCCGGUGUCCGAGUCCGUGCUCUGCACCCCUCCCAACGUGACCUACGCCUCCGUCAUCCUGAGGGACUACAAGCAAAGCUCUUCCACCCUGUAG